UUCCUUUGCUCAGCAAUCUUUAUUCAGUUCUUCUUGGGGGUGGGAUGCCUCCCUUCCCAUGCUCCCACCCCUCCCAUCCCAGAGCUCCGUUGGGCUCAGUGUCCUCUGUUGAGGGAAGGUCUUGGUGCCCAGAUGCCUGGUCUGCAGGAGAGGGAGGAACCUUGUCCCUUUGCAGGAGUCGCUGGUCUCUUCUGUUGUGGGGAAGAAGGAAGGUGGGAGGGGCAGUCCACCAGCACUCAGAGCUCCGUUAUGUCUCCAGCUGGGGUUGCAGGGUAGGGGGGACUGGGGGUGUCCCCCAGCCUCAGCAGACGGAGGGCCUCGGGGAUGAGGCUGCCAGGGUAGCGCCAGAGAAGCAGCUCAGAGCAAGGGCUUCUGAGUGGGGGCAGGGCUUGGGGGAAGGCCAUGGGGGGGCUGCAGUAGGGGUGGUCAUUGUGCAGGCUGAGUUGAGAGAAGUGGGUGGCCAUGUUCUCCUCAGACAGAAAUUGCUUGCGCAGAGGCUCCCUGGCGUCCAGGCCCCGAGUCACCCCCAAGGCGGCCCGCGGGAGGCGCUGGGCCCCACCCUGGGGGCCUCGCUCCAAGGGCUGCUGAAGGAUCAUUGGGUUUUGGGGUCCUGCGGGUGGGAUCUGGGCGACAGGGGAGGAGUCUCUGAGGGCGUGGCCCAGCGAGGAUGGGCGUGGCUUUAGGCGGGCACAGCGGCGAGGUUCUGCGCGGGCGCCGAAGAAGGGCGGCGCGUGGCGGAAGGCAGGCUUGCUCCUCGGGGUGGGGGAGGGUAUCCGGCUUAGCGGGGCUGCGGUGGACACCACUUCUUAAUGUCGGGGGUCUUCGCGGCGCUCACCUCGGCUCCUGGGGUUCAGGACGGUACGCAGCAGCCCCCUUCGCGCCGAAGGCAGUAGGGCGCCACGGAGAGGAACCGCUGUAGGCACGUAAGGCCUCGUGAAGUUGCGUGGCACGCGGAGCACUCUGGGACUUGUAGUUCUGGAGAUGGAGCGAGCUGUGCCGCUCGCGGUACCGCUGGGUCAGACAGAGGUGUUCCAGGCCUUGCAGCGGCUCCAUAUGACCAUCUUCUCCCAGAGCGUCUCACCGUGUGGGAAGUUUCUGGCGGCUGGCAACAAUUAUGGGCAGAUUGCCAUCUUCAGCUUGUCCGCUGCUUUGAGCUCCGAAGCCAAAGAGGAAAGUAAGAAGCCGGUGGUGACUUUCCAAGCCCAUGAUGGGCCUGUCUAUAGCAUGGUCUCCACCGAUCGACAUCUGCUUAGUGCUGGGGAUGGGGAGGUGAAGGCCUGGCUUUGGGCGGAGAUGCUCAAGAAGGGGUGUAAGGAGCUGUGGCAUCGGCAGCCUCCAUACAGGACCAGCCUGGAAGUGCCCGAGAUCAAUGCUCUGCUGCUGGUCCCCAAGGAGAACUCCCUCAUCCUGGCUGGGGGAGACUGUCAGUUGCACACUAUGGACCUUGAAACUGGGACUUUCACGCGGGUCCUCCGGGGCCACACAGACUACAUCCAUUGCCUGGCACUGCGGGAAAGGAGCCCAGAGGUGCUGUCAGGUGGCGAGGAUGGAGCUGUUCGACUUUGGGACCUGCGCACAGCCAAGGAGGUCCAGACGAUCGAGGUCUAUAAGCACGAGGAGUGCUCAAGGCCCCACAAUGGACGCUGGAUCGGAUGCUUGGCAACUGAUUCCGACUGGAUGGUCUGUGGAGGGGGCCCAGCCCUCACCCUCUGGCACCUCCGAUCCUCCACACCUACCACUGUCUUCCCCAUCCGGGCGCCACAGAAGCAUGUCACCUUCUACCAGGACCUGAUUCUGUCGGCUGGCCAGGGCCGCUGUGUCAACCAGUGGCAGCUGAGCGGGGAGCUGAAGGCCCAGGUGCCUGGCUCCUCCCCAGGGCUGCUCAGCCUCAGCCUCAACCAGCAGCCCGCCGCGCCCGAGUGCAAGGUCCUGACAGCUGCAGGUAACAGCUGCCGGGUGGAUGUCUUCACCAACCUGGGCUACCGAGCCUUCUCCCUGUCCUUCUGACCUCCGACAACAUCCCCAGCCAGCCCAGGGUUUUAGAGUGUUUUUCAUUUUCUUUUUUACAAUAAAGUUUCAG